UCGCCGACCCUCUCUCUCGCGCACGCGCAAGCGCAAGCGCAAAGAGGCCCGAAGCAGCGGAAGAGGAGACUGCAACCGCGCACCAUGGAGAACGACGUGGCCAAGACCGUUAAGGACGUCUCGCCCCACGAGUUCGUCAAGGCCUACUCCGCCCACCUCAAGCGAUCCGGCAAGAUGGAACUUCCUGAGUGGACAGACAUUGUGAAGACCGGAAGGUUCAAGGAACUUGCUCCUUAUGAUCCUGAUUGGUACUACAUUAGAGCUGCUUCAAUGGCAAGAAAGAUAUAUUUAAGGCAGGGUAUUGGAGUAGGUGGCUUUCAAAAGAUUUAUGGAGGCCGCAAGAGGAAUGGAAGUCGUCCACCACAUUUCUGCAAGAGCAGCGGAGCCAUUGCUCGCCACAUUUUGCAGCAGUUGCAGAGGAUGAAUAUCAUUGAAAUCGAACCUAAAGGCGGAAGGAGGAUUACUUCUCAAGGGCAGCGAGAUCUUGAUCAAGUUGCCGGACGUGUCUAAGUGCAACCUCGAUCUUUGAGUUCCAUGACAUCAAUUCGGAAAGAUUUUGCUCAGAGCUUUAGUAGCGGAGUUCGUUUUAAUCAAAAGUUGGACAUGUUUGGGCAUUUGACAUGAUUUAUUUCGUCUGUUGGACAAUCUUUCUGCUUGAGAUAAAUGUAGGGUUUACUUUGAACAUAUUAUUUCAGUGGAAUGUUCCUUACAAUCC